AGAGAAGCUUUCGCGUGCAUAAUACAUACGCGAGAUAUGUACAAGUUUUACUGUUUUUACUUUUAGGAAACCUUGACAGCACGCGUAUGUUUUGUCGAGCUUGUUUAGAAUUAGUAGCCGCUGUGUUUUGAUUCAUCCGGACUCUUUUGUCAUGUGAGCAGUUCAAGUUUAACCACCAACCACGAUGGCACCGAAUAAAGGUCUGUGUGAGUAUUCUGGUACCCUCAAGGACUGUUACAACCGAUUAGAAAUCAAACGUCCUCAGCCCUGGGUAACUUACAACAGCAAUCUCAAAUGUCCUGAGCUCUCACCUUGGUUGCAGAAGAGCUGUAAGACUGAUGAAAAUCAAAUGAUCCAGGUUGACUGUUUAAAGAAGACAAACAGAACACGACCAGUUCCAGGCAGCGUUCCCAAAAAUUACCAGAUACUGAAGAAGAAUAGGUUCAUCAACAAAUACAAAUACUGUCAACCCCUGACGCCCAGCUUCCGAUAUUAUGAUGAGACGGAGUGCUACAUAGAAGAGUACAGAUUGUACAAAUCUCCCACUGCUCUAAGCUGCAGGCUGGACCUAGAACGGGAGUAUAACUACCUAACUGCGGUCACGAUAGAGAAGUCAUCGUCAAGUGGCAGCAACAAAAGCUCAUCUCCUAAACUUAAAAAGAAGUCCAAAGAGUACCGUUCCCGGUCCAGUGUGAAGGGAGAUGAGGAUGUUUAUCUGAACAAUGCUAAAGUUACAAAUGCUCCCACCAAUAAACGUGUGGCAAUCAAGAUUCCAAAAUGCGAAACCAAACACAGGCGAACUUUUUUCCCGGUUAUCCUGUCCAGGUAUAACACAGAAAUAACCGUGGCAAACAUGAGGGAAUCACUGGUACAAAUUGAGCGGAGCAAAUCGUUCAUCAUCCAAUCCGGUAUGAAUGACCUGUCAACUACUGAGCCAGAAAGAAUGGCUUAGAGGUGCUUCAGGAUAAAUAAACUAGU